UCUCCAGAAGAUCCUGGAGCUCAGUUCCUGAUUCGUGCUGGGUCUGUUGGCCGAAACAGGGCUGAAGCCUCUCUGGAGCGAGCCCAGAAUCUCAACCCCAUGGUAGAUGUAAAGGUGGACACUGAAGAUAUAGAGAAGAAACCUGAGUCGUUUUUCACUCAGUUUGAUGCCGUGUGUCUGACUUGCUGCUCCAGGGACGUCAUAGUGAAAGUUGACCAGAUCUGUCACAAAAAUAGCAUCAAGUUCUUCACAGGAGAUGUUUUUGGCUACCAUGGAUAUACAUUUGCCAACCUUGGAGAGCAUGAGUUUGUAGAGGAGAAAACCAAAGUUGCCAAAGUUAGCCAAGGAGUUGAAGAUGGGCCUGAUACCAAGAGAGCAAAACUUGACUCUUCUGAGACAACCAUGGUCAAAAAGAAGGUGGUUUUUUGCCCUGUGAAAGAAGCAUUGGAGGUGGACUGGAGCAGUGAGAAAGCCAAGGCCACUCUGAAGCGCACAACUCCUGACUACUUUCUCCUUCAAGUGACCAUCCGAGAAAGGCAGGGCUCUGAGACCUGUCACUGA